UGCUGGAAAGGACAUGAUUUCAUUCCUUUUUUACGGCUGUGUAGUAUUCCAUGGUGUACAUGCCCCCAGCUCCAUCUGUGUUGCUGGAAACGACAUGAUUUCGUUCCUUUUUUACGGCUGUGUAGUAUUCCAUGGUGUACAUGCCCCCAGCUCCAUCUGUGUUGCUGGAAAGGACAUGAUUUCAUUCCUUUUUUACGGCUGUGUAGUAUUCCAUGGUGUACACGCACCACCUUUUCUUUAUCCAGCCAUUUGUUGAUGGACGCUCAGGUUGAUUCCCUGACUUUGCUAUUGGAUACUCUUAGGAGUCUGUCAGAGCUGAUUUUGCCCCCAUUGCAAUGUGUGGUGGUAUCAUCCCACGUCACUGAAUAUGUUCCUGUAUCAUGAUUUCUAGUGACUGGAUAACAUCCCUCAUGUGACUGCGUCCUGCUGCUGUGUCUGGCCUCCUGCCUAUGUCUCCUACUGGUGAGCCUUUAGGAUGUUUCCAGGACACUGUUAGAAGAAUGCAGGAUUAUCUCCUUAGGACAAAUUCCCCAGAAGCGAAAUUACUAGAGCAGCAGGUUUUGAUACAUGCUGUCAGAUUCCAGCCCAGAAAGGAUAUAGCUUGCUUGGUCACUCAGACUCUUGGCCAGGGUUUCUUGGGAGGCAGCUGCCAUCAUGGGGAAGAGCUCACACUUGCGGGGGCACAGGCCUUGAUUUCAGGGUCGGAUUCCACUGACUGCCUCAGUCAUCUUGGACUGGUUGCUUAGCUGCUCAGACCCUCUAUUUCCUCACCUGCGAAAAAAAGCGACGGACCAUUUAACUCAUAGCUGGUUGUGGGCCUUAAAUGAGACCUGAGAUGUGCUUAAUAAAUGUUCAUUUCCUUCCCUCUGAAUGAAAUGAGCCUAGGGCCUAAGGAGGGCCUGUCACAAAGUCCUUAGAUGUCCUUGCGUAAGGUAUUUUCUGUUGCAGUUUAUAAAUUCUAUUUUAACAGAUGCACAUGGGUGUCACUGACCUUUUCAUUUGGUUCUCUGAUGUCUCAGGGAACGUAUGACUUGGGCACAGCAAAGAAGGGCAAAGAAAGAAAACUGACAUUUUCUGCUCCUGAAAUUUGAGCAGAGUGGUAAUGUGCGCACCGUGCUGUGGAAGGCACACUGGGAGGCGGUGGAGGGGCAGUGAGAGGAGGUGUCAAGGCCUGCAGGUGUGUGGCUACCCCUGCUCUUCAGCAAAUCUCUCGGUCCCUGGGCAUUCACACGAUGUGGCAGCGCCUCCCUUUGGGGGCUUUGUCUCAGUGUGGAGUGGUGUCUUGUUGGGGCUUUGGGCCACUCUGUGCUGGGCAUGACCUGCAUGCUGGGCUUCCAUGGGGACAGAGUACUGAAGAGGCUCCUGAGGGGGUCUGCCGCUGACAGAAGGCAGGUCACACGCCCAGAGCAGGUGAAAGCUAGUGGCAGAGGCAAGCUGCAGGCUCAAUCUGGCUCACUGAAUGGGGUGGAAUUGCCACCGUGGGCCUUGUGGGGUUUGGCCAGCUCGUGCUGCUGGGCAGAGAGUGCUGCUGGCUGGGACAGUCCUUAGAGACUUCAAGGGCCCAGUCCCUGUCCGUUUAGUAAUCCACUCUGCUGCAGGGGCCCCUGCACCACCUCCCAGGACACAGGGGACUCUCCACCAGCUAAUUGGUCCUCUCCCUGGGAGAAGGCCAAGGUGUUGGCAGGAGCACAGUGGGCUGCAGACUCUAAUUGCACAAAGGGCAAAUGUACGUAAACUACCUUCAGCGCGCUGCGUGAUUAUCAUCUGAGCUCUCCUCUGAACUCACUGCUUUCUUCUGUCAUCAUCAAAUGUGUUUGUUGUGCUUUAUUAUUUAAACUGUAGGCCAUUUGAGUAGAAUUCUAUAUAGAGUUGCCAUUUGGAAAACAGAAAAGCAAACUAGGACUUCUUCAGAACCAUCUUCAGAAGUCACCCUUGCUGCUGCCUGUUCCUGGGUUUUAGCAACAUAGAAUCACACCUGCCACCCUGAGCCCUCUGUCAACACUCCAGAUAUUGCCUGGAAACUGCUGACUGUACCGGCUGCAGUUGGCAGCCAUCAGACUUGGGAGGAACUUGAGUCAGGUGGCAUUGUGAUGCCGGUUGCAGGAGUCUAUUAUUUUGAAGUGGCAGCUGCAGGUAAUCAGAGAGGAGCCACCAGGGCAAGUGGCUUUGUCACGUGGGGCGGCUGGGGAGCCGGCUGGGCAGGCUCAGUGGGUGAUUUGUUUCGGGAAGGCGUGGCCCUGCCCCUGCCAGGUGUGGGCUCCAGGGGGAGGGCUGGAAAUCCCAUCAGUGGGACAAUGAGUGGGGCAAGCAGGUCCCUGGUAAAGGAGCGUUGGGACGGCCCCAGGAAAGCAGUUAACAAAGCAUAUCAAGGACCUGAGCGAGCUCAACAUGAUUUCCACAAGGGUGAUGGACAUUAAGCUUCGGGAGACUGCAGAAGGCCUAGGGGAGGACAGCACAGGAAAGAAAAAAUCUAAAUUCAAAACUUUUAAGAAGUUUUUUGGGAAGAAGAAGAGAAAAGAAUCGCCAUCGUCCACAGAAAGUAGCACCUGGAAACAGAGUCAGACGAGGAAUGAGGUCAUUGCCAUCGAGUCCGGGCCAGUGGGCUAUGACUCCGAGGAUGAGCUGGAGGAGUCGAGGGGCACGCUGGGCAGCCGGGCCCUUUCUCACGACAGUAUUUUCAUUCCUGAGUCCGGACAGGACCCUACUCGGCCUGUGCGGGUGUUUUCCCAAGAAAAUGUGUGUGAUCGGAUUAAAGCACUGCAGUUAAAAAUACAGUGUAAUGUGAAAAUGGGGCCACCACCUCCUCCAGGGGGGCUUCCUGCCAAGCGCGGAGAGGAUGCUGGCAUGAGCUCUGAGGAUGAUGGGCUGCCCAGGAGCCCCCCAGAGAUGUCUCUGCAGCACGACGUGGGUCCCGGCACCACCAUAAAGGUCUCUGUCGUGUCUCCAGACCACAUAAGUGACAGCACUGUCUCUGCCCGGACCUCGGACAGCAGCCUGGCACCAGUGGCCGACUUCAGUUACCCUCCAGAAUCCUCCUCCUGCUUGGACAACUCUGCAGCUAAGCACAAGCUCCAGGUCAAGCCCCGCAACCAGCGGUCGAGUAAGAUGAGGCGGCUUUCAUCGCGCGCUCAGUCUGAAUCCCUGAGCGACCUGACGUGCACCCCAGAGGAGGAGGAAAACGAGGAGAAGCCACUGCUGGAAGUCAGCCCAGAAGAGAGCCCCAGCUCUGGGCAGCAGGACGUGGCACCAGACAGAGGCCCUGAGCCUGAGCCACCGGCGCCCUUGCCGCCACUCGGAGGGGUCCGUGCCAGACGCGCCCGCCUGCAGCACUGCUCGGCGCUCAGGGCCAGCUUGGAGGAGGAGGGCGCCCCCGGGGAGGACCCCUCAAGCCGCCCGGUCACCCCGGAGCUCGCCGAGCCCGAGUCGGCCCCCAUCCUCCGCGUGGAGCCCCCGUCCCCGCCGGAGGGCCCCCUGCAUCCAGGUCCCGACGGCGGAAAGCAGGAGGGGGAGGCGCCCCCCGCAGGCCCGUGUGCCCCGGCCGCGGACACGGUGGAGGAGGUGGUCUGUGCUCCCGAAGACGUCGCGAGCCCGCUUCCCACCGCCCUCCCUGAGGGGGACAUGGCGCCCCCCGAGUCUGACCCCACCGCCACCUCGGAGGCGUCCUCUGCUCCCGACGGGCCAGACCGCAGUGUCCCGAAGGAAGCGGAGCCGACGCCGCCCGUGCUCCCGGACGAGGAGAAGGGGCCCCCAGGGCCGGCGCCCGAGCCCGAGAGAGGAGCAGAGACCGAGCCCGAGAGAGGGGCAGAGACCGAGCCCGAGAGAGGGGCAGAGACCGAGCCCGAGAGAGGGGCAGAGACCGAGAGAGGAGCGGGGGCCGAGCCCGAGAGAGGGGCAGAGACCGAGCCCGAGAAAGGAGCGGGGGCCGAGCCCGAGAGAAUUGGGACCGAGCCCUCCGCGGCGCCCGCCCCGAGCCCGCCGGCGCCCAAGAGCUGCCUGAAGCACCGGCCCGCGGCCGCCAGCGAGGGCCCUGCCGCGUCCCCACCGCUUGCCGCCGCGGAGUCCCCCCCGGGGGAGCACGGCCCGGGUUCCCCCGACGCAGAGGCCGCCGCCCCCGAGCGCCCCAAGGCCGAGCGGGCCGAGGCGCCACCGGCGGGCGCCGAAAGGGCGGCUCCAGAGCGGAAGGCGGAGAGGGGCGGCGCCGAGCUGCGAGGCGCGAAGAAGUUCUCGGUGUCCUCGUGCCGAGCGCGGCCUCGCCCGGGCGCCUCCCGCCCGCUGGAACGCGCCAGCUGCCGCCUGCCCCUGGCGAGGAGCAGCCCGGCCUGGAGGAGCGAGGCGGCCCUUGACGACCUCCAGGGUCUCCCUGAGCCCCAGCACGCGAAACCCGGCCCUCGGAAGCCGGCCGAGUGCGGCCCUCAGGACUCGGGGGACAGGGCGGCCAGUCCGGCCGGGCCGCGCAGGAGCCCCCAGGAGGCGGCCGCCACACCCGGCACGAGAGAGCCCUGCCCAGCCGCCCAGGAGCCGGCCCCGCGUGAGGACAGAAACCCCUUCUCCGUCAAGCUCCGGUCCACCUCCCUCUCGCUCAAAUACAGGGAUGGCGCCUCCCAGGAGACGAAGGGUGUGAAGAGGUACAGUGCCGAAGUCCGGUUAGAAAGGUCGCUGACCGUGCUCCCGAAGGAGGAGAAGUGUCCCCUCGGGACGGCCCCCUCCCUUCGAGGCGCCAGGGCCCCCAGCGACCAAGGAAAGGGGAAGGCCCGGCCCCCCGAGCCGCUCAGCUCCAAGCCGCCCCUGCCCCGGAAGCCGCUUCUGCAGAGCUUCACGCUCCCGCACCAGGCCGCGCCCCCCGACACCGGCCCGGGAGAACGCGACCCCAGGAAGGAGCCCAGGACGGCGGAGAAAAGGUCGCUGCGCAGGGGAGCUGAAAAGAGUCUGCCGCCUGCAGCAACAGGGCCUGGAGCUGAUGGGCAGCCUGUGCCGCCCUGGAUCACCGUCACUCGGCAGAAACGGCGAGGGGCCUUGGACCAGCCGGCCAACCCGGAAGACAAACCUGGGACACGGACCCUGAAGUCUGAACCAGGAAAGCAAGCCAAGGAGCCUGUGAAGCAAGCUGACUUUGUCCGCAGCAAGUCUUUCCUGAUAACCCCUGUGAAGCCCGCUGUGGACCGGAAGCAGGGGGCAAAGCUCAACCUCAAGGAGGGGCUGCAAAGAGGAAUCUCUUUGUCCCAUCAGAACUUGGCAGCUCAGUCUGCAGUGAUGAUGGAGAAGGAAUUGCAUCAGCUGAAGAGAGCCAGUUAUGCCAGUACAGAUCAGCCAUCCUGGAUGGAACUUGCCAGAAAGAAAUCUCAAGCUUGGAGUGACAUGCCCCAGAUUAUAAAAUAGGUGGGCAGUGUGCUGAUAAAGCAUGUCCACUACCCUGACAAGCCACUUAGUUAAAAAACUGCCAGUAUAUUGUGGCAAACAGACCGUGAAACUUAAAGAUUGAUUUUAUCAUCAAGUUAUGACGAACUUGGGGAAGAGGAAGGAACCAGGCAAAACAAAGAGGAUCAACACACAGCCAUACUCCUGGGCCAGAGGGCCCAGAAACAAGAACAACGCUGAAAAAUUCCGGGAACCAGUUCCUGUGCCCAAAGGUACGAGUGUGUCUUUUAGAAUUCCCUUGAUGAAGAAGCCUCAGACAAGAAAGAAAACAGAAAUGAAGUUGGACGCAUAAGUAGGACACCCAGCAAAGGCCAGAAGAGAAGCCCUUCUAGGAGAAGGGACAUCUGUGCUUCCAGCUGAGAUCAGCCCAUGUCUCUGGUCGCUGUCUUGCCUGUGGAUCCUGUCUUCUCUCAUGUUUACUACGAGGCAUGACAUUCAUGGCAAAACAGAGAUGCCGUUUCCAAGAGCAGCUAUAAAACAAUCUGUUUUCCUAAAGACAGCCACUCUGAGAAGGAGAUGAAGGAACAUGGCAGGGUUCAUCAAUUCAUAGACUGUUUCCAAAAAUAAUUUUUAAACUUUUCCACUAGGCAUCUGUGUCUUUAACCACUGCACAAUGCAUUGCCUGUUUAAUAAAAGGUUUCAAACAUG